CUCGCCAUGCGCUACAACGAGCGGGAGCUGCUGUCCCUGGCCCGGCAGCCCGCGGAGAAGGCGGCGGAGAUCCUGAUGCGGGUGCCCAAGAAGGGCAGCGUGCUGAAGAAACGUCUUGUGAAGCUCGUGGUCAACUUUCUCUUCUACUUCAGGACAGAUGAGGCUGAGCCCAUUGGAGCUCUGCUGCUGGAGCACUGCAGGAUCACCAAAGAGGAGGAAAAUGUCUUCUCCAUCAGUUUCAUCGAGGAGCCAGAGAGGAAAUACUGCUUUGAGUGUGCCAGUGAGGAGCAGUGCCAGGAGUGGAUUGAGGCCCUCAAGAGAGCCAGCUAUGAGUUCAUGAGGAGGACUUUGAUCUUCUACCGCAACGAGAUCCAGAAGCUGACAGGGAAGGACCCCCUGGAGCAGUUUGGGAUCUCGGAGGAAGCUCGAUUCCAGCUGGGAGCACCCAAGCAGUGA